CUUUUCUUCGGUGUUCGGACAUUUUUCCUUCUGUUUUAACCGAAACGCGGUGGACGAGACUCCGCUCAUAAAGGGGGCCCCUUGCGCUAGGGUUUUCAGAAUCCACCAUUGUUCAUCUGUAAUUCCUCUCUCUCUCUCUCUCUCUCUCUCUCUCUCUCUCUCUCUCUCCCCGCUUUGCUUUACGAGGUACCUUUCGGCUCUCGCCUUUGUUCCUCCCUUCGUUAUUUUUUUCUCCUUGUUUGGAUUGAUACCCAUGUCUUUGUAUGCGUUUUUCUAAGCUUUGAUGGUUGUUCAUGCUUGGACGCCAAGGAAAGGGGUUUCGUGAAAUCUCAAUUUGGACUAUUGAGGUGUUUGUCCUGUUCUUCCAUUUCGGUUGAUUUGGAAGGGAGCUUUGUUGGGAUUGAGGGUUAUUUUUUGUUGAAUUUUGAUUUGGUUUAUGGGUUUGUUUUGAGGUUUUAAUUGGGGGGAACUUGGGUGAUAAUGGGCUUGGUUUGAGGAGGCAGUGGAUCUGAUAAAGUGAGGAUUUUGGAGGGUUGUGUCGGUAGAUCUGGUUGAAUUCUGAGGUGGGUUUUUAAUUAUUUUUAUUUAUUUCGUCAGUGGUGGUCUUGCUUUCAGGAAUUUGAGGGUUUCUGAGGAAUUUGCCGGAGUUUCUUUUUUUUUUUUUUCCUGCUUUUUUCCAUUGAUGUGAGUAAAGAUGCCUGCCACAGACUAUCAGGGUUCAUCCGUGCCUUUCGCCUCUCUAGGUCGUUCGCUUCUGAGUAUCAGACGCGACCAGGUUCAUUCCAUGGAAAGCAACCAUGACCCUACCAGCCAGGAAUUGGAGCUUGAGGCGUUUCAGAAACAGGUUUCUGACCGGUUCGGCGAUCUUGCCUCUGCUAGCUCUGACGAUCUACUUUCCCUUUCAUGGAUCCGGCGGCUUCUCGAUGCUUUCCUUUGCUGCCAGGAAGAAUUCAGGGUUAUACUGUUUAACAACAGGAAUCUCGUCUCGAGAUCACCCCUUGAUCGCCUUAUUACUGAUUUCUUUGAGAGGAGCGUAAAGGCGCUUGAUGUUUGUAACGCCAUUCGUGAUGGGAUUGAGCAGGUUCGGCAAUGGCAGAAGCACAUGGAGAUUGUUCUCUGUGCCUUGGAUUCUCGCCAGAGGACACUCGGGGAAGGCCAGUUCCGUCGGGCGAAGAAGGCCUUGACGGAUUUGGCAAUUGCUAUGCUGGAUGAGAAGGAUUCUGGAUCAGUUCUCGCACAGAGAAAUCGCUCUUUUGGGCGUAACAAUACGAGCAAGGACUCUCGCUCAGUGGGGCAUUUUCGGUCUCUUUCGUGGAGUGUAUCUCGCUCGUGGUCAGCUGCGAAGCAGCUUCAGGCAAUUGGGAACAACUUGGCUGCACCUCGCGGCAAUGAGGUUGUUGCUACUGGUGGACUGGCAGUUCCAGUGUUUACAAUGGGUUCUAUUCUCUUGUUUGUGAUGUGGGCACUUGUUGCUGCAAUCCCUUGCCAGGACCGUGGCCUCCAGACUCAUUUCUCAAUCUCCCGCCAUUUCACAUGGGCUGCUCCAGUUCUCUCACUUCAUGAGCGGAUUAUGGAUGAGGCCAAGAAGAGGGACCGGCGGAAUUCCAAUGGAUUGUUGAAGGAGAUCAAUCAGAUGGAGAAAUGUGCUCGGCACAUGGCUGAAUUGGCUGAUGCAGUCCACUUGCCACUGACUGAGGAGCGCGAGGCAGAAGUCAGGCUGGGAGUGUCGGAGUUGGCACAGAUAUGUGAAACAAUGAAGGAUGGAUUGGACCCUCUGGAGCGCCAGGUGAGGGAAGUGUUCCAUAGGAUUGUGCGGAGCCGGACCGAGGGUCUUGAUUGCUUGGGCAGGCCAAAUAAUCCUGAGUAGUGGCAUCCUAUGUACAAUUUUGCUAAUAUCAUGUGAUUUUGAUUUCCUGGGUAGCAACCCUGUUGCAAGGAGGAGAAGAAGAAAGUGGAGGUGAAGGUGGAGAAAAAGAAAGAUCUCAAGUCUUCAUCGACAAUAAAAGGUUAAGCAGGUAGUGUUCUUGUAUCUAUCAUCAUACAUUUUGUAAACAAUAUAGGAGAAGUUGGAUUGGAUCAUCCUGCUCCAUGCUGCUAUUAUCCGUCUUGUGUUUUUUUUUUUUUUUUUAUUGUAUAAUGUUCAUCAAUUUUCUUUGCUAAGUUGCAUCUUCUUGUUGUGCGGAUUAUGUAAGUUGUUCUUUUCUUUUUUUUCCUCUUAUUUUGCCAGUGGUACAUACUAUUUUAGUUGGAAUAUAUUCCUUGGUAAUUGUCAUCAAAAUGGAUUGGCUGUUAUUGAUUUACAUAUGUAGAGCAUGACAUAAGAUGAUUCUGUUGGCCAUUUCUGUUUAUGGAGGAUGAUUACCUGGAAGCUGUCAUAUUUACAAAGUUGUGAAUGUAAAUUUAUGAUACACCUUUGAAGGAGUCGAAGUUUCUGCUGCCUA